AUGGGGUCCAUCAAUACAGCCUCAAGAAUUGACCAUGUUACAAUUUUACUCUCAGAAGAAGAAUUCAAGAGCCCCCCUUCAUGGCUAAGUGACAACUUCACUAUAAUCGAAGGCGGCAAACACACCGGUCAGGCUAGCCAGCUAAAGCUCAUUGUGUUUGCGGACGGCACGUAUCUAGAGCUCUUCAACUGGUGGGACCAGCCACCGGUUGGCCACACCUGGGGAACUAAAAGCCCAGGUCUCAUUGAUUGGAGCAUAUCUUCCAUGUCGACACAGACCGCCGCUGAGCAUUUCCAAGGCGUCAGCCAACGCUUGAAUAAAGGUCCUGGCGGAGACGGUAAUCUCGGCGUGUCGUUUCCUCAGCCAACCGUACAGGGCCGGACAACGCCAGAAGGUCUGAAACUCCACUGGACAAGAGCCAAUCCGGAUUUCCAUGGUGCAUCGGAAACUCCAGACGAGAAGUUCUUCCCAACGGGCCGCUUGGACGCUCCUUUCGUGUGUUACGAUGGGUCUCCUAGGCAGACGAGACUGCGCUUUGAUGAUCCGGCUAGAGUAACCCAUCCGUGUGGGGCGAUUGGAGUUCAUCAGAUCGAAGUGGUCGUGCCGUCUUCUCAUAUGAAGAAUUAUUCGACGCUGCUCUCUAGCAUGAUUGGUUCGCCACCUAGCACAGCUAGAGGCCAGGUUGGCUGCACGUUUAACCUCGGGUUGCCACUCGAAAACAAAGGAGAAUGCAGUAUUUGGUUGCAUAGUGAGAGGGAUGGGAAAGAUGAACAGUGGCUCAGUACUAGGGGAAUUGGUCCACUCAUGCUUAGAUUGCGGGUGACAGGCCGAGAGGGGCAUGGAGAGGAGCUUCUUGGGAAGAAUGGGUCUGCAACACACGUCGCGCUUGUCUGGUAA